UAACCCCGCGCCCGCUGCUCCCACUCGAAAAUAUGACGCCUAUUUCCGUCCUCCUUCGCCUGGUCGCCUUCCCUGCCUGGGAGGAUCCACUCCUUCAGUUUAGACGUAGCGGCCUCGCCCGACCGGCAUUUGUUUUCCAAAAUGGCGUCGAGAUGCUCCGAAAGUCGCUUCCAAAUGUGGACGCUGAAGUUAAGCUUUUCGUCGCUGGUUCUUCUCUUCUUCGCUGGGAUGUUCCUCUACGAUCAGCCGCUGCUCAAAGCCACGUACAUCAAUUCCGGAACUCAUUCUGACUAUUAUGCAGCUGAAAAGCAUGAUGGCUUAACCUUUCUGCAACAAACGAGUCCAAACAACACCCAAGACGAAUCCAGUCAUUGCAACACUCUACUCUGCAACCACGAGUCUGCGGAACCUGCCAGUAUCGCAGGCAUGAACAACCACAGCUACGAAGGCCGUUCCUCGAUUCUAAAGCAGGAUAUCGGAGGACGCCAAGGGAAUAGCUUAGAAAAUAUCGAAGGCGGCUCACUAGAAAAAGCGCCGACACGCCCAGGAGGCCGCGCAGGGAGCGACAGUCUUCCCCAUUCAUCUCCCACGGAAGACCAGACAUUGGAAAAGAAAGAAGACGAAGACAAAGUCGCUGGCGAUCGUCCACCCAACCUGCUUGUGUUAUUCUGGACGCCAUUUUGGGAUCGUCGCGACCUGUGGGCGAAAAUGAUUGUUGGUCGACUGAGGGAGUCUGGGUGCCCUACCUGGAGCUGCGAGUUCGUGUGGGCGUGGCCGGAGGCGGAGCAACGGGAGGAGGACGCAGCGGCCUUCGUGUUCUUCAGCAGAGACUUCUACGAUGUCCCUCGUCCGCCUCGCCGCCCGCACCAGCUGUGGGUGUGGUUGGAGAGUGAAGCUCCACCCAUCAGCGAAGCGAGUACGGGUGUCUGGAACCGAGCUGAGAGUGAAGGGAUCUUCUUUAACCUCACUAUGUCUUACCACCGUCUUAACGAUGUGGUUAUGCAAUCCGGUAACCUCGUGCCCUUGACCUUUUCCGGUGGGUAUCCCUAUGAACCCCGCAAGCUCUUGAACACCGCAGACGAAACCUUCCAGCAGUACAGAGACUAUAUGGUUGGUUAUGACCGUACAGUUAAGAUGUUGGACAAUGGUCCCCGAAUGCGGUCCGAGCACGCAAGGAGCAACGAUUCAAACAUAAAUGGCUCUUUCAUUCAUUCUAAUGGGACUGCGGGUAAGCCUGAGAAACAAGAUGAGCACCCUGGAGAUCGCCUUGACAAGAAAGAACAGAUAAACGCAACAUAUUAUAGGAAUAGCUCGGAAGCAGAGGCAGAAGAUUUGCCGUGGCACAUGCAUUACACUCAGGAGGAAAUUGCCAUGGCGAGCCGUACGAAGCUUGCAGCGUGGAUGGCUAGUCACUGCUCAACGGACUCGCGCAGGGAGAGCGUGGUGGCAGCCCUCCAGAGGCACAUCAGCGUCACUACUGUUGGCAAGUGUGGAGAGCUUUCAUGCGGGAAGAAUCACAUGGAUACAUAUUGUUACCGGUGGCUAGCUUCCUCGCACCUCUUCUACCUCUCCUUUGAAAACGCCCGCUGCGACGACUACGUGACGGAGAAGCUGUGGCGUCCUCUGGAGCACGGAAUGGUGCCCGUCGUCUACGGUGGCGCCAAAUACGAGGACUUCCUGCCCUUCGGCUCCUUCAUCAACGCGGCGAAGUUCCAGAGCGCCAAGGACCUCGCUCGGUACCUCGCAUACCUGGGCAACCACCCCACGGCUUACCUGAGAUACCUGCAGUGGCGGCGGUUCUGGCGAGUGCGCUGGCCCACGCCCUGGUGCCAACUCUGCUCUCGCCUCCACCAGCAACAGUCCGCACCCAGCCUCGUCACGCUCGACUCCUGGUGGAACUCCACCGCCACUUGCUAUGAUCCUCUCAUGUGGUGACGGCGUGGGCUUGUCGCUCCUCUUCUAAAUCAUUAUGUUCAUGUUUCGUUCUGUAUGCUAUGUUCGUGUAUUGCUGAGCUCGAUGUUAACGUAUACUCGUUAUGCCAUGAUAUUCACGGCAUUGUAUCUUCAUACGUGUCAUGUAUCUGCAUUGUAAAUAACCAACAUGCAUUGUACCAUAUCAUCAAAUACAAAUGGAAUCUCCCAA